ACUACUACUACUACUACCACUAGGAUUCUUCCGUUCCGUUUGAAAGAACGCGAAGUGUGUGAGUAUCCCGUGUAUAACGGGGGAUAUUAUCAUGUAUCCCCGAUCGCAGCCCUCCUUUGAGGGUUGAUUUUCACCGAUCUCCAACGUCUCGGGUUCGCAACGUCUCAGCUCCCGACUCCGCUGUGCUGUGCAACCACCCUGGAACUAGAUCUAACUGCGUCUCUUCUUAAGGGAUCCCCGAUCUCGGCGCAAAGAGCUGGUCCCAGCUAGGACCAACCGUGUACCACAUCCCCGCGCUGAAAGAGGACUGGAAACCUCGCAAGGAUGCGGGACCGGCUAUCGUGGUACAUGGUCUUUCUGAUCCUGCCGACAAUUCUCCUGGCCAGGUCGCUCGAUAAAGAAAAUUUUUUUUCAGAUCGACGCGUCCCGUACAGCAUACCGGCAGACUGGAAGGCGUUGUGGUUCAGCAAUCUGGACGAUCUGCAAAGAGUGAACGAUGCGAACGACAACAACACCGUCUCGAACGUUACCGUGCAAUUGGGCGGGACCGCGUUUUUGCAUUGCAAAGUUCGCAAUUUGGCAGACAGAACGGUAUCCGAUGCUGAGAUAUCCUGGAUACGGCGACGUGACUUCCAUGUGUUAACCAGCUCCACGUUCACGUACACGAACGACGAGCGGUUUCAAGUUUUGCAUCCCGAGGGCUCGGACGACUGGACUCUUCAGAUCAAAUACGUUCAGGACAGAGACAACGGGACCUACGAGUGUCAGGUCUCGAGGAGUACAGGGAUAUUAUCGCACUUUGUCAAUCUAAACAUAGUUAUACCAGAAGCGUUUAUAUUAGGGAGCGGCGAGCAUCACGUCGACGUAGGAUCCAUUAUAAAUCUCGUGUGCAUAAUAGAAAAGAGUCCAACACCGCCGCAAUACGUUUUCUGGUAUCAUAAUAAUCGAAUGAUAAAUUACGACACUACGCGAGGCAGCAGCGUAACCGUACAAACCGAUUCCAGCUCGACUCAAAGUCGACUGACGAUUCGCCAAGCGGUUGAAUCGGACACAGGCAAUUAUACGUGCAGCGCCUCGAAUACCAAACCGGCAUCCAUCUAUGUCUUUGUCACAGAAGGUGACAAAAUGGCAGCCAUACAGCGGCGCAAGACGUCGGCCGCGAAGAAAAAUUUCUGUGAAUUGCUAGUACUAAUUGUCACCAUUGCGAUAGAGGUCGUUUUAACGCGAUAAGCGUUUCUCUUCGAUAUGUCCAUUAUUAUUAUUACCGUUACUUCCGUUUGUGAUAGAUAGGCUACUAUUUCUGCGAUUUUAACCCCUUCUCUAUUCAUUCUCCUUCUUUCCCUUUUGAAAGCUGAACAUCGUCGUAUCCCGUCGUACAACCGAGCAUCUUAUUUUUCUCCGCAUUUUUCAACACCAUUUCUUCUCUUUCGUUUCGUCUCUUUUAUAAUUUUUCAAUCUCCAUGCCAUCGUUAUUCUCCCACUCCUUCUUUCCAUUCUCCCUCUUUCAUUUCUCCCUUCCGUUCAAAUUAACCGCGUUCGUACAAUCUCGUUAAGUCUUGUCAACCCGUGUCAUCUUCAUCCUAUAAUAUUUUCUUUUCGAUCGUCGAAACCGAAGCCGCCGGUGGCUUGAAUUUAUUUCGACAUACGAGAUUUUCAUGGUGGAUCGUUCUUGCGUGUGUCCACGUGUUCUCUUCGACGUGCGGCUGAUAUUGUAGA